CCAGUAUCUGCAUGUUUUUCCUGUUUGGACACACCUCCUGGUCAUUGUCAAAGCUGCAUUAGCGCAGAACAGCUGUGCAAUGCCAGGUAUGCUAGCAAUGACAACACCUGAGGACAUUUAGAAGCAACAGUGUCUUUUACACUCGCCCAGAUGGCACCAGGACAACAGGAACAAAACCAACUUCAUGAAAAUGAAAGUUACAGUGACUGGAUGUCCCGACUACCUCCAGAUAAACACAACACAGUGCUGUGGCAUCUAGUCAUACCGGGCAGCCAUGACUCAAUGAGCUAUGAUCUGGACAUUAAUAGUUCCAUUAUAGAGCCCGCCCUGCUGAAAAAAUACAGCCGUCUGCGCUGUGUCCGCUCUAUAAUGAGGAGGUGGGCAAAGACACAGGAGGCCAAUAUCGUAGAGCAGUUGAACGCAGGGGCUCGUUACUUUGACUUAAGGAUCGCUCGCAAAGAAAAUGAUCCCGACCCCGACAGGCUGUACUUCUACCACGGGCUGCUCACACGCACAGAUGUGGAGACUGCUCUCAGGACUAUAAAGGAGUGGGCAGAGGAGCACCCCAGAGAAGUCCUCAUCCUCUCUCUGUCCCACUUUAAAGGAUUUGGCAGUAACUCAGGACACCUCCACAACCAUCUCACCAACUUCAUCAAGAACCUGUUCGGCUCCAAACUGGUCCCCAAACCUAUGAGAAAUGAAGACAUGCCAACGUUGCAGAGGUGCUGGGACCAUAAGCAAAAUGUGAUUGUUUCUUAUGACCACCGUGAAGCCACCAGUCAGCCCGUGUUCUGGUUCAAAAUCAGGUACUUCUACGGGGACGGCAUGGAUACGAACAAAGUGGAGGAAAUUCUCACAAGGGAUCUCAAAGUUGCCUCUCAAGCUUAUUUCUAUGUGUGCGGUCUGAACCUGACUUUACCAGAGAACGCAGGAGCUCUCAAGUACAUUCUGAGAUGGAGAAGUCUGGCCUCUUCCAUACGGCACAGUCUACCAAAGCUGCUGAGGUGGCUCCAAAUACAAGCUGCCAGGACACCUGUCAAUAUAGUGGCUUCAGACUUAGUGACAGAGCCCAAUGUGGUCGCGACCAUUGUCAGUCUGAACAAAACCGCUGUGUGUUGAGAACUGUUUUAGAAA